UCCUGUCCUAUAUCCGAGAUUCCUUCGGGUUCUGAUCUUGUCUUUCUUCCGUGUCUUUUUCUCUUUCCCCUCUUCUUUCACGUGCUAGGCGACGUGAUCGGUACGACGCUUUUUUCGUCCACCAAUAAUCAAUUAUUGCCUCGCCCCCGCGUUUUCUGUCUGUCGGCCAGCGGCAGCAGCAACAACACUUAGUCCUCCAUCGCUCACUGCUGUCCUUGCUGUCUCUGCUGCCAACCGCUAACGGCUCCCGUGCUUCCUUGGGCUGCUGUGACACCUUGUCUUACUGCCUGCUCCCCUGAGAGCCAACCCCGGCGUUCCAUGCCCCGUCCACCUUGUUGAUCAUUCCCUCUUCCCUCUCCGGCCGCUGCCUGUCGCCCGUUUGGGAGCUUUUUGUGUCCGCUGACGCCCUUUGAUUGCUAUCUGCGAGUUGCUGCUGUUGCCGCCAUGCCGACCUCUAAUACUUCUUCCCCCGUUAAACGCCCGGGUCUGGGUCGCCGUGCUAUUUCCUCCCACGCGGUCGUUACGCGCACGACACCUGUCGCUCCGAUAGGCGAGCUUUCUCACUCUCACAACCAAAAGGUCACUAUCCACAGACCCCAUCGCCCGCAUCUUGUUGGUGGGGGCCAUCGCAACCACGGCCGCAACCCAUCUUUUGGAAAGAACCUGGCCAAACUGCAGAGAUUCAACUCGACACAACAUUUUGGUGCUGAGGGGGGUGCUCGCUAUCAUCACCGUAAGAAGUCUGCCCCUGCGACACCCGCUGCGACGACACCGGCUACGAGCCCGCGUGGUCAAGCUCACGUACACUGGGAUGGAGCUUUGAACGACACCAAAUCCACCCCAUCGAUGAAAAAGAACAACUCGAGUCCUGCCCUCCGACGAAAUUCAUCUGGCGCUUUGGGGAAAAAGUCCCUGAUAACCGAUCGUCCGCAUACCAGUUCGGGAAAGAAGAAGACAGUGGGGUUUGAACUAGGCGACUCGGAUAACGACGACGGCGACUGGGAAGACACAACACAAUCUCCAGAAAGCACGAGACGCAGCUCGGUAGCACAGUCCAAGGACAGCGUAGAGAAUAACGCUGUGCUAGUUGAUCCUCUCACUUUUGUCAAACGCCCAUAUCCCCAAAUACCUCGCGCGACGAGUCUUCCGGAACCCAGUAGCAAGAGGUUCUCUCGUGAGGGACACUCAUCCGAGGACGACGAAGACGAAAACGACGACAACGACGACAACGACAACGACAACGACGAACAUCAUCAGCGGCAAAGUCCGGACGCUGAAGAGAGUCGUGGAGAGGAAUCCGAUCGGACGCUUGAGAAUAGUGAUAUCGCAUCCCGCCUGCUCAGUCCAUCGCACGCUGCCAAAGCGCCUCCUGCGAUGUCCUCUAUCUCCGCCAUGGCGAAGCCUGCCACUUUAUCGCGAAAUGCCUCGCUCAACAACAUGGCAGCCGCUUAUGACGGAUCGCGGCGCACCGCAUCGAAUCCCAAUUUGUCGAAUACCCCAGGAACCCAGAAUGCGACGUCCUCGUCUAUUGAAGGGGGUGUCUCGAGGUUCAUCAUCAAUAACAACAAGACUGGCAUACACGCAUCUUCUCGCACUGACUCUGACCCCAAUACACCAUCCUCAUUUCUGCCACAUUAUCAUCCACAAACACCACCGUCUCCGCGCGGCGCAAGUUCCAAAAAGCCGCGGGCUUCCCCUCCGUCACGUCUGCCAGGUACGGAACCGCCUUCUCGCACUCAGCAGAAGCUGUGGCUGCAGCGAACCGCGGCCCUUAACACAUCUCCUCCCGACACCCAUGGCGUAUCAACGACAUCCCAGUCGACCAUGGACCCAGCGUUCAUGUCUGCGACCCAUGCACGGACUGGUUCCGCGCCAUAUGAUUCUGGAAGAGCACUCGUAAAUGGCAGCGGUAGAGCUGGAGGUGCAGCAAACGACAGUGAUGCCAAGCAUGUUCGAAAGACAUAUGAGAAAAUAGCUUUGGAGCUUACAGUCGUUCGACAGUUCCAGUCUCCAACUGGGGAAAGCUUUAACCGUCUCAACUCCAUCAUGGAGUCCAAAGGUCUCGUUUCUGGUCGUAGGCAAAAUGCAUCAGCACUUGGCAACCCCGUCAAAUCAGCCCCCGCGUUGAAUCUUUUGCCAGACGGAGAGCAAGGUCGCGGUCAGCAUGAAACGAGCCCGGUCCCCAGACAGCUUUCGAAUAGAAAGGGAACUGAGAUGAAAACUUCGGCGUCACAUACGUACCUUCCAGAUCCAGAAGAUGGCGAUUCAACCGACUUGGCUAUUCGUCCAAAAUCUCAACACCCAUCGCAACGAAUUCUGUCGAGCUCUGAUGAAACCGCCCACGGCAAUCCCAGCGCUGAGGAAGACUUGGAAGACAAUUAUUACACUAAUGAAUCCGAAAUGAUGAUCCGUCGCAUGUGGGAAGCUCGAGAAGUCGCCUCUUCCGGCUAAAGGUACAACAAUGUCUUUUUUAUUCUAUUUCAUCUUCCUUAUUUGUCAUUGUUUCAAUUACUCGCGCGUCUUUUUCUUUAUUUCCCUUCCUUAUUUCUUUUUGUCUUAUUUCCCUCUCUUUUCAGCAAUCAAUGGCGUUAGGGUCGCAUCUUUGUAUAGUUAGGCUACGAUGGGAUGGGCGGGAGUGCGAUUCAUGAUCAGCGGGAUUGGCUUUUCCAUAUUUCUGUUUAUUACUUUACUCUUGUCCUGAUCUGUUUUGUUUUCAUCAGCAUGGAUACCUCUUCUAAUAAUGUAAUUAAAUGACACUGCGUCUCUUGGUGCACCAGACUACCGUCCAGGUGUCUACAUACGAACACGAACAAUGCAUAUUUCAAGGUCAUCUACUUUUGCCAACUACUUAUGUCACUAAGUAU